AUGCAGCAGGCGGUGGGAGGCCUGCAACUGCAGCAGCCGCUGGGGGCCUGCAGCAGCAGGGCGGCACCACUGCCUGCGGCCUGGGGCCUCCUGGCGCCCCAGCGGCAGCGUUCAGUGCUGGUCAGCGACGAGCAGGCGGCUGGUGCCGGCGCCGCUGCCGCCGCUGCCGGUGCCGCCGCUGCCGCCGCUGCUGCCGGGCCCGACACGCAGCUCAUCUUCCGGCUCGAGCGGCGAGGCGACGGCUGGGCCGAGGAGAUCCUGCCGCACCUGGUGGUGGAGCAGCGGCCGCUGGCCACCAAGAAGAAGCGGGCCUACUCGCGGCCAGACCCCUGGAAGGAGGGCAGCCUGGAGUGCUUCUUAGUUGAGCUGGGCCUGCCGCCAGACGACGUGGACCGGGUGGUCACGCAGGCGGUGGCGUGGCGCGUCACGCCCGGCGGCCGCACGCUGAUCGACCGGCGGCGACGGUCGCGCGUCGAGCGCAACGUGCGGCUGGUGGUGGAGCACCUAGAGCUGGAGUGCGGGGUGCCCUUUGGGCCGCGCGGCAUCGCCGCCAUCCUGGCGCGGUGCCCAGAGGUGAUGCUGUGCAAGCCCACCACCAACGACCGGUGGGACCGACGCGCGGUGGAGCUCUCCGCCUUCUUGCUGCGCCAGGGGCACUGCAACGUGCCAGAGGACUGGGAGGAAAACCCGGAGCUUGGUCUGUGGGUGAAGCGGCAGCGCAUCGCACGCGCUGCAGGCCAGCUGAGCGAGGAGCGGCUGAGCAUCCUUCAGUCCAUGGGCUUUGCCUUUGGCGAGGUGGCGCAGCUGACCGAGGAGUGGGAGCACCGCUUUGACCAGGACGGCACCCCCGCCGAGUGUGAGUGGAUGGCCUGGUUUGGGCGGCUGCUGUACGUCAUAGAGCGGCACAACACGCUGCAGCAGCCGGCGCGGCACCAGAGCGGCCUUGGGCGCCCCAAGAUGGGUCGGCCCAGGGGCAGCCGCGCGGCGGCAGAGGGCGGCGUGCUGGGCGGCGGCGGCGGCGGCGGCGAGCUGGCUGGCGGCGAGGGCGAGGAGGCCGGGGAUUCGUCGGACGAGGAGGAGGAGGCGGAGGCGCCCAGCGGCGGCGCGCGGCGGGGCAGCGCGGCGGUGGCGGCGGCGCGCCAGCGGCUGCAGGCUGAGAUGGCGGCGCGCCGCGCCGCGCUGGCCGCCGCCGACCUGCACGCCGAGCCGGGCCUGCGCUUCUGGCUGGCGCGGCAGCGGCGGCGCUGGCGCGUGCAGGAGCUGCUCGCUGAGCUGGCGCUGAUGCUGCAGCUGGCGGGCGUCCAGCUGGACCCAUACUCUCCAGUGGAGUGGCAGGCGGCGGCGCACGCGGCGGCGGCGGCGCUGCAGGGCUCCCGCAUCAGCCUAGACCCACGCACCCGCCAGCAGCUGCGCAGCCAGCAGGCGGCGGCGGCGGCGGCGGCGGCGGCC